AUGGGCACUUCCCAAUCUCCCACCUCUCCCAAGAGGAGUCGUGGAUUCAGCGUCAAAUCUGACAAGUCAGAUAAAUCGGGGUCGACAGGUCACAAACGUGGAAUCUCGGAAUCAUCAGAAGAGAAAGCUCGUCGCAAUCUACACACCAAAGCAGAUCCCCUCAUCGCUAUGAACGAACUUCAGCCUAUAGCGGUCGCGCUGGAAAAGUCCAAUCUGGGUUCGCUGCGCGAGAUUGAAUUUAAGGAUCAGUACGGAAAUGUCAUCACCGAUCCCGAUCUGUCAAAUCCCACUCGACCCCGUUUGGAGCGCCCCCUGGAUACAAUUCGAUCGUUUGAGGCAGCGAUCUAUGGCACCUACAGUAAUAAUCGUGCGUCGUACGCCCGGACAGAGGAUGCUGCAUCACAGAUGGGCGACUUCAGCCGCCGAACAAGUUAUUACGGCGGUCAAAACAGCGGUCCUUCCCACAGAAAUUACGAACAGAACAGCUACUUUGGCCAGCCCCAAUCGCGACCAGAUAGCAUCGUGAAUGCGUACCAAAACACACCUCUCUCACCCGAGAACUCCAACCCCUACACCCAGACCGGAUAUAACCCGGGUGGAUAUGGCCAGACCAGCAGAAGACGCCCAUCCCACCAUCCACGCGGGUCAUCCUCGGGCCCCAUGACCCCCGCCGAGGGCUACCCAAACAUGGCCAACUCACAAUACGGCUACCAACGAUCGCGCGAUAAUGUGGCGGCCAUGUCUAACUCUGGCUAUGGCAAUACGAACCCUUACGGCCAGUCCACAGACCCCAACUCAAUGAACAACUCCAACGACCAAUUGCAGCAGCAGGUCCUGCAGCAACAGCGUCUCGACGAGCGUUCUCAAGCCGAGUAUGGUUCCAAUGGUUUCAGCUCCAGGACUCCCCAGCCCAUCGGUGACUCGAGCUGGGGUGCACCUGCUCAAGGUACUCCUUCGAUGGGGGCCGGGCCUGCACAGCCACCUGCCCGCAAGGCUGUGAAUCAACCUCCGGCUAGUAAAGAGAAAGAGGAUAAGCGGAAGAGCUGGUUCAAACGCCGGUUCAGCAAAGACUAA